AUGCACAGACUAUCACAACUAGCUACACAAACAACCGCGGCCACCAUCACCGCAGGUCAUCCUCUUGAUCCUCUCUCUCCCUCCGAAAUCGAACAUGCCGCUUCCAUCGUCAAAUCGCAGAUGCGAGACUCGUCUCCGUACCGGUUCAAUCUCAUCACGCUGAUCGAGCCGCCCAAGGCCGAGCUUCUUGCGUGGGAGGCGUCGCCUUCCUCGGUGGCCAAACCUCCUCGACGAGCGGAGGUCGUACUCGUUGUGAGAGGCAAGAAGGGCGUCACCGAGGGCCGGGUCUGUCUCACCGGCUCAAAGGUGCUUUCGUGGUCCGAAAUUGAGGGCGUCCAGCCUAUUCUUACCGUUGACGACCUCCAAAAGGUCGAGGAAAUUGUGCGACAGGACCCCGAAGUCAUCAAGCAGUGCAAACUCAUUGGAGUUGACAACAUGUCCCAGGUGUACUGUGAUCCCUGGACUAUUGGCUAUGACGAAAGAUGGGGUGCCGAACGACGUCUACAGCAGGCGUUCCUCUACUUCCGAGCCCACCAGGACGACUCCCAGUACUCCCAUCCUCUUGACUUCACUCCAAUCUACGACGCCACGGAGCAGAAAGUCAUCUUUAUUGAUAUUCCUCCCGUUCGUCGACCUCUCUCCAAGCUUAAGAAUUCCAACUUCAACCCUCAGGAUAUCUCCAAGACUACCGGUUACAGAGACGUGAAGCCCAUCGACGUGUCUCAGCCCGAAGGAGUCAACUUCAAGAUGACCGGUCGAAUCAUGGAGUGGCAGGGAUUCCGAUUUCACGUGGGAUUCAACUACAGAGAGGGAAUUGUGCUGUCUCAGAUCUCUUUCAACGACCAUGGUAACCAGCGAAACAUGUUCCAUCGUCUCUCUCUCGUUGAAAUGGUUGUUCCCUACGGAAACCCCGAGCACCCUCACCAGCGAAAGCACGCCUUUGAUCUGGGAGAGUACGGAGCCGGUCUCAUGACCAAUCCUCUUUCCCUCGGAUGUGAUUGCAAGGGAGUCAUUCACUACCUUGAUGCGCACUUUUCCGACGCCGAAGGAAAGCCUCUCACUGUUCCCAACGCUGUGUGUAUCCACGAGGAGGACAAUGGUCUGCUUUUCAAGCACUCUGACUUCCGAGACGAGUUCCAGACUUCGAUCGUCACUCGAGCUACCAAGCUCAUUUUGUCGCAGAUUUUCACCGCCGCAAACUACGAAUACUGCGUCUACUGGAUUUUCCACCAGGACGGUACCAUCCAGCUGGAGAUUAAGCUCACCGGCAUCCUCAACACUUUCCCCUGCAAUCCCGGAGAAGAUUUGCAUGGCUGGGGCACAGAGGUGUACCCUGGUACCAACGCCCACAACCAUCAGCAUCUCUUUUCUCUGCGAAUCCAUCCUGCCAUUGAUUCCCAGCUGCAUCCAGGUAAUUCUGUGGCAAUGGUGGACGCUGAGCGGUCACCCUUCCCGCCUGGACACCCAGAAAACCUGCACGGCAAUGGUUUCCGGCCCAAGCGAACGGUCUUCAACAACCCGAUCGAGGCUAUGACGGAUUAUGAUGGUAAUACAUCGCGAACUUGGGACUUUUUCAACCCGAAGUCCAUCAACCAGUACUCCAAGAAGCCCGCUUCUUACAAGCUGGUGUCUCGUGAGUGCCCUCCUCUGCUUCCUCAGCCUGGUGGACUGGUUUGGAACCGAGCUGGUUUUGCACGACACCAUAUGCAUGUUGUUCCGUAUGUGGACGGCCAGCUGUACCCUGCUGGACGGUUUGUUUGCCAGACAAGUGGAAAGCCCUCAAGGGGUCUCCCCGAGUGGAUUGAGCAGUGCGGAGAGAAGGCCAAUAUCAACGAUACCGAUGUUGUUGCCUAUCACACUUUUGGUCUGACCCAUUUCCCUGCUCCCGAGGACUUCCCUUUGAUGCCUGCCGAGCCCAUGACUCUACUUUUGCGACCCAGAAACUUCUUCCUGCAGAACCCGGCUUUGGACGUGCCUCCUUCGCAUGCUCGAACCACCACAGAGGCCCAGGCUGCUUCCGGUGCUAAGGUUGUCUCUCUUACCGACAAGGUGUCGCAGCUGGCUUUCAAUAAGUCGUGCUGUUCCAAGUAG